AUGGAUUCCGACUUUAAUUACAGACAACCAGGCUUUUUUUAUUAUCCCUCUUUGGGUCUUAUCAACUUAAACAAUUUCAAGGACAGCUUAAGCACUGGAAGCUGCAUACAACCACCUUCAUUUGCGCACAGUAUGCCACCAAAUAGUGCCGAAUUGAAGCCGACCUCAUCUCAAUUAUUAUCCAGAUCGACUUUGCGACCCAGUAUGUCCUGCUUGCCGUCUGAAGGAAGACCAAAAUAUCGAGCACUGUCCACUUCUAUGGCCAAACCAAUGUCAAUUUCUUCAGAAAUUUUGAACUCUCUUUACUCCUCCUCUCCCUUUUCUUCUCUUGCCACAAUUCCUGAAGCAGUUCCUUUUUGGGCAGAUGAAUCGAAUAUCACUUCGAUGGAUGCAUCCCCUCUCAUCAGUUUUCCAAAUACUCGCUUUAUUAAAAACCCAUCUUUACUCCCUAUCUCUGAAUCUUCGCAAAAUACGUUUUUCUCUGAUGGCUUGACCACCUGCCUGCUUUGUGCCACCGCCCCGGUUACUGUUGUAACGUCAACCUUGCCUGAAGUAUGCCCGGCCGCUGCGAUUCCGAAUAGCUUGAACCCUCAAUUAGACAUGAGUUUGUUUACAACUUCUUGUUCGUCAGUCUCAAGCCCUUCUUCAACUGUGGGAUUAAUUCAGGCUCCAUUCUCCCGUUCGAGCCCUUAUACU